CAGAGCGAUGGAGCCACUGCCGGCACCGACGGGACCCGCGGGGCACCAGGCUCAGCGAGGGCGUGCGAGGCUCCGGGCCGGCGGGAUGCGGUGCGGCGGCGUGUCGCUGUGGGCGCUGCUGUGCCUGGCGGUGGCCGUGGGCGGGGGUCGCCCCGUGCGGCUCGAGAGGGUCCGGGCGGACGCGCGGGCCCUGACCCGGACCCUCAGCACGCGGCUGCAGCAGCUGCAGCUGUUCCCGCUGACCCUGCGCAUCACGGGCCUGGAGGGGGUCCCGGAGGGGGGGGUCCCGGAGGGGGGGGUCGCGCCGGGGCUGGGCUGGGCUGCCCAGCGCCUGCAGCUCUUCCAGCGGCUCCUGGCGGCCCUGCCCGGGCCCGACCUGCGCCUGGCGCAGGUGGCCAACGACCUGGAGAACCUGCGCAGCCUGCUGGCCGCGCUGGGGGCCCUGCUGGGCUGCCCCCCGCCCCGCGAGCCGCCCCCCGCNCCCCCCGCCCCGCUGGCCGAGGCCCCGCACACGGUGGCCGGGGUGGCCCUGGCGCGGCUCCGCGGCUGCCUGGACGGGGUGGCCGCCCGCCUCGAGGGGGCCCCCGCCUGCUAGGGACCCCCGGGACCCCACGGGACCCCCGGGCCCACAGGGACCAGCCCAGGACCCCCCAGGACCCCCCGGGCCCAGCCCAGAACCUCAGCGGGGCCCAGCAGGACCCGCAGGCAGGAGCAGGAGCUCAGCAGGGACACCACGAGUGGCACCGGAGUGACUCUGGCACCUUUUUCUACAGCUUUACUGUUACUGUUAUUGUUAGUUAUUAUUAAUUUAUUUAAUUUAAAGCCCCUUUUGCAGCA